AUGGCGGCCUCAAAACCUUUCGAAUAUUCCAACUUGGAGGCAACAUCCAAAUGGAAGAACCUGCCCCCUCCGCCAGGAUUCUCGAAAACCGCCCCGUCAUCGUCGAAAACGCAGUCAAAGUCAUCAGUUUCGACGACGACCUCCGAUUCGUAUAACAAGCUCAAGGAGAAGAGAGCAUGGGACCUUGCGGUAUCUCCCGCGAAGUCGCUGCCAAUGCAAGCGUUCAUGCUGUACAUGUCCGGCGGAGGAGUGCAAAUAUUCAGCAUGGGAAUCGUGUUCAUGCUGCUUCUCAGCCCGUUGAAGAACGUAGCAGGGAUGAAUCAAGCUUUCGCGCCGUUCGCACCGUCGAGCUCACCAUCCGAGGCGAAAUCAUGGACGACCCUGCCCUUACAAAAAGCCGUCUACAUUCUUUGCAACAUACUCACUCUUGGUGUGGGACUUUGGAAAUGCCGCUCUAUGGGGCUUUUGCCAACCGGAACGGGAGAUUGGUUGGCUUUUGAGACGAGGGGGACGGCGCCGGAGAUAUCUCUGUUCUAG